AUGCCCGUGCCUUCGGGAGAUGGGGUCCUGGGCCUCGGACACCCUCACGGUGGCUCCUACAGCCCCCUGAGCCAGCUCCUGCCGGGCCCCCCGGAGCCUCGGUCGGCCAAGGGCCUGUACUACCGCAGGGCCCGGAGGCUGGGCGCGCUGGAGGCCCCCCCGGAGGCGGACCUCAAGAAGGAAGUCCUGGUCAACGUCGGGGGCCGCCGGUUCCUGCUGCCCUGGAGCACGCUGGACGCCUUCCCGCUGAGCCGCCUGAGCCAGCUCCGGUUCUGCCGCAGCCGCGAGGAGAUCGGGCAGCUGUGCGACGACUUCGACGAGGACACGCAGGAGUUCUUCUUCGACAGGAGCCCCAGCGCCUUCGCGGUGAUCGCCAGCUUCCUGGCGGCSGGGAAGCUGGUGCUGCUGCAGGACACGUGCGCGCUGUCCUUCCGGGAGGAGCUGGCCUACUGGGGCAUCGCGGAGGGCAGCCUGGAGCRCUGCUGCCUGCGCAGGCUGCUGGGGAGGCUGGAGGAGGCCGCCGAGCUGCGCCGCGAGGAGGCCCUGCAGCGGCAGCGCGAGGCCGGCCACCCCGCGGGGCGCAGCUCGCGCUGGGGGCUGUGCAUGAGGCAGCUGGGCGACAUGGUGGAGAACCCGCGCUCCGGGCUGCCCGGCAAGGUCUUCGCCUGCCUCUCCGUCCUCUUCGUGGCCACCACGGCCGUCAGCCUGUGCGUCAGCACCAUGCCCGACCUCAGGGCCGAGGAGGACAAGGGCGAAUGUUCUCACAAAUGCUACUACAUCUUCGUGGUGGAGACCAUCUGCGUGGCCUGGUUCUCCCUGGAGUUCUGCCUGCGGUUCGUCCAGGCCCGGAACAAGUGCCAGUUCUUCCAGGGGCCGCUGAACAUCAUCGACAUCCUAGCCAUCUCCCCGUACUACGUGUCGCUGGCCGUGUCCGAGGAGCCCCCGGAGGACGGCGAGAGGCCGCCGAGCAGCAGCUCCUACCUGGAGAAGGUGGGGCUGGUGCUGCGCGUGCUGCGGGCGCUGCGCAUCCUCUACGUGAUGCGCCUGGCRCGCCACUCGCUGGGGCUGCAGACGCUGGGCCUCACGGUGCGGCGCUGUGCGCGGGAGUUCGGGCUGCUGCUCCUCUUCCUGGCMGUGGCGGUCACCCUCUUCUCCCCUCUGGUCUACGUGGCGGAGAAUGAGUCCGGCCGGGUCCUGGAGUUCACCAGCAUUCCCGCUUCCUAUUGGUGGGCCAUCAUCUCCAUGACAACGGUGGGCUACGGGGACAUGGUGCCCCGCAGCGUGCCAGGCCAGAUGGUGGCCCUCAGCAGCAUCCUGAGCGGGAUCCUCAUCAUGGCCUUCCCRGCCACGUCCAUCUUCCACACCUUCUCCCACUCCUACCUGGAGCUCAAGAAGGAGCAGGAGCGGCUGCAGGCCCGCCUCUGCCGCCUCCAACGCGCCAACUCUGCCAGCGAACAUGAGCUCCUCACCGACGUGGACGACCUGAUGCUGGAGGGCCCCGCCUUGCCCAUCCCCCAAGUGUAG